AUGCGGUUUGUUUUUUUAUAUUGGGUGUUUUUUGUAAGACUUCUGGUACAUGCAACUUAUCGGUACGGCAGUGAAUUUUUACAUAACUUUCCCGACUCAAAAAGGACGCUUCAAGACUGGAACGCAAAUAGAUUUCAGGAAUAUCGCAUUAAGUCAUCUAUAUCUGUCCCAGUAGACUCAUUAUUCCCGUCACAUCAAACCCUAUGGUUGGGCAUAGAAGCUGAUUGUAGCUACUUGUCCCAAUUUACAAGCCGCGUAGAAGCAAAAAAGCAUAUUUUACAAGAAAUAGAAAAAGUGUCUUCCCUAUAUGAUCGCUCCUUUCAUGUAUACGUGCAGGUACUUCAACUAACUCUACCUUCUUCUGAAGACUGCUUCGUUAGAAAAUCAGUGAGCGAAAAUGGGGCAGGGUUCGAUAAAACUGCUUCUUUAGAAGAAAAGCUGAACUCUUUUACAAAAAGAAAAACGGAUACGAAAUUUGAGAAGAACCAUUUAAUACCAAAUCCUAAGUAUCUUAGCUUGCCUUCUGAAGAUGCUACCAGCCAAACUGUUUCUCCACAGGCAUGGCUUUUGCUUACAACCUCGAAUGACACCAAAGAAAAAGGAAUUUCAUGGUUUGCUACUAUUUGCAAUGGUUUUACCAUUGAGGAUGGAUGGCACGUAGGCCCAUCUAGCGUUGUAGCGGCAUAUCCAAAUGACUGGCCUGUUAUUGCUCAUGAGCUAGGGCAUAUAUUUGGAUUGAUCCAUGAUUGUGAUAAAAAAUCUUGUCAAGAUCCAAACGAAAGCUGCUGUCCUCUUUCGCAAGCACUUUGUGAUGCACAAGGCUUGUAUGUCAUGCAUCCAUCCAAUUCCUACCCAAGGCAUAGGUUUAGUGAUUGCUCAAUAUUACAGCUUCAUUCUUUAUUAGCGAAAAACUACAUUUCGUUUUCUUGCCUGUCUAAACCAUCAGAGGAUGUAGGCAUUAGAUUAGGAAUGUGUGGUAAUGGCAUUGUUGAAGGCGAUGAAGAAUGCGAUUGUGGAGACGAUUGCAGUCAAAACCCUUGUUGUGAUGGGAAAACCUGUAAGUAUGCUGCCGGCGCAGUCUGCGAUGAUUCAAAAGAUAGCUGCUGUAAAAAUUGUCAAUUAAGUCGGGCAGGAAUGGUAUGCAGAAAAGCAUCAGGAUCGUGUGAUAAACCGGAAUUUUGCACCGGAAAAUCCGCAGAAUGCCCUAAAGACGAACAUUGGGAGGAUGGAAGAUAUUGCUCUUUGCCUAAUGCAAAUGGUUAUUGUGCUUCUGGUAAAUGUACCUCUCCUUCAGAACAAUGUCGAGAGCUCACUAACUUUAGCGUUUCGGCUUGUCAGCCCGGUAGCUGUAAAGUUUCUUGCAUGAAUGAUAACGGCGUAUGUUACUCCAGCUCUAUGAAUUAUUUAGAUGGUACGCGAUGUGCAGGAGGUUUAUGUUAUAAUGGAAACUGCAUUCCUGUAGAAGAGACUUCGGCUGCAACAUGGCGAAAGCAGCCCUCCCUCUUUUGUGCUUCAGCUACCAUGCUUAUAUCACUAGCGCUUAUAGCCUGGUUUUUCUGGUAG